CAAGAGGAAGAGCCUGUAUUGGAGUGGCUGCCUGAUAUCCUAAAAAUGACCCUGUUUCAUGUAUUGGCUCUAAUGUCCUUUGUCAAGAUUAUUCACGCAGGAGGAUCUCACUCACUCUGGUACUUGGUCACACUGACAUCAGGACUGACACCAUUUCCAGAGCUGCUUUUUGUAAAAAUGGUGGAUGAUUUUCCAGUUGGUUACUAUGACAGCAUGGAGAAAAGGAUGGUCGCAUGGAGAAACUGGGAGAAGGAGGAAAAUGAAGUUCUAAAUCCAGGAAUUUGGCAACAUAUACUUGAACAGACCAAAAAUAUGAUGACAAGAAGAUUUCAGCUACUGAAAAAGCAUUAUAAUCACAGUAAAGGGUUCCUUACAUACCAAAGACUGUCUUUAUGUGAGCUGGAUACAGAUGGGACUGAGAGAUUCAAGACCAUAGAUGCUUACAAUGGAGAAGAUGUAUUUGAAUUUAUCAGUGAUUCCAGGGUGCAUCCUAGAGUCAGAGUGAUCCAUAAACAGGACAGAGACACUGGGGGGAUGGAGGUGACCUGCCUGGCGACCGGCUUCUACCCCCGACACAUCAACAUGACCCUGAAGAGGAACACCCAGCCUGUCCCAGACCAGGAGUUGACCAGGGGGGAACCCCUUCCCAAUGGAGACGGGACGUACCAGCUGAGGAGAAGCCUGAGUGUCAGUGCUGAGAAGCUGAACGAGAGACACCUCUACACCUGUACUGUCACACACAGCAGUGUGGACAACAAAAUGGAUGUCAGCUGGGAGUUCCAGCCAGGUCAGAACAAUCUGGCUUUGUCCGGAAUAUCAUUUGGGGUUCUGACUGCACUUGCAUUCAUCAUGUUUGGCCUCUGCAUCUGGAAGAAAAGAGACACUGAGUUCAGAAAGGCCCUCCAGUCUGUCUCAGAUGUGCAGCACACAGCAGUAGGAGUAAGCAAUGAUGAGUCUUCAGGUGCUUCAGAGCCACUUCAGGGAGAGGUAUCUGAAGCCAUGUAGAGAUUCUAACAUCAUUACAACGAGGUGUAUGGAUAGAAGAGCAGCACGGUACCACAGGAGAAUGAGGUGGAAACAUGGAUCAUAUACAGAAGAAGAGAUACAAACCCAACAAAACACACACAAACAAGAAAUGUCAAUUUGAAAUGUAUAACAUGAAGUGUGCAGUGUGUUACUGGUGUAAUGCAUGUAUGCAAACUGAAUUCUACACAUGGUUAUGUAAUUAAAAUGUUCAGGUCAUUCAUACAGAAGUGAAGAUUAAAUUCAUGAAAUAUUUUGCUUUUACAAAAGCAGACAGAUACAGAUGCCAGCUGUGUAAUCAAGGCAUAUAGGAGGCAUGAUUCACUGUUAAUUUAUGUUCUGUCAGAAAUCUUACAGAAUGAUACCAAUUGUUGGUGUUUUUUUUAUUAUUAAGUUGUACUCUGAAGAAGUGUAUGGGUCAGAACAUAUGGGUAAAUAUGUAAAUUGUGGAAGCUUCACACUCAAACACACACUAUACAUCACUAUGCUAGAAAACAAGGAAGCAUGAAUGGUGUAGAAGUUAACUGUGAGCAUAAAAUCAGGCUUUCUUCCCAUGGUAGAACAUUCUUCCCUGUUUCCAUCUCUGAGCAUCUCAGAUCUUUGUUGCAGGUAAAGUACCCACAACAUACUCUUUCUUUGACUGCAAGUGUAAGAUGAAGCAAAUUUGGGACUUGUGAAAUAGGCCUUGAAACAGACUGGAACUUGGCAAAAUGUAUUUUAUGCUGUUCCCGUUCAAACAAUUAUAUAAACUCAGCAAGUGGCAAGAGUGCCCAAGUGUCUGAAGCAUCUGGCAGAUUAACAUCUUCCUGGAACACAGGACCUAGAGCUCAUAGGUUCCCACAAACCCCACACUUAACAGUUGUAGCUCUCAGGGGUCUCAGCUGGGCUUUGGUGUACUGGGCUUGGUGUGAUUUUACCCUUCAGGACUUAGUUUAGCAGUCUUGCGUUCUUUACUUUACUGUGCCCUCAAAUGGAAGAUCAACUACACCAAUUUUCACC